UUUGAAAUUUUCCUUUUUCGAUUAUCUGUGAAAGUGAUAAAAUGCGUCUGUGGAGAAAGAAUAGGUGACAAUGUCAUCAUGGACCAGGGAGCUAGAUGAGGCUUCCAUCUUAGCAACAAAGCAAGGGUGGUGGCAUGUCUUGCUGUUUUAUUUGCUCUGUGGAUUGGCUGCUAUACCAACAUCAUUUUUGGUGUUUUCUCAGGUGUUCACAAACGCAACACCUGGACACUGGUGUGCUCCUCCUCCGGAGUUGAGGGUUCUGGACGACGAGCUCUACCGAAACUUGACCGUACCAGAACAGCAUGGUGUCUUUGACAGCUGCAGAGCUUACAGCGUCGAUUCGAGAGAGUUCUUUGUCUAUUUGGAAAGGUUUAAUAGGUCCCAGGAUGUCAACACGAACGAAAGUUUUCCAUUCAACGUAUCUACUUCAGUUAUAACAGAAGCCAUACUAGCUGUACGUAGCGAUGAAGCAAAGAAAUGCGAGAACGGAUGGAGUUUCAGCACAGAGCUUUACAAACGGACUUUGGUUACCCAGUACUUAUUGGUGUGCGAUGCUGACUGGUUACCGCGUACCAGUAAUGCUUUAUUUUGGGUCGGAUCUAUCUUUGGAAACCUGUUUUUUGGAUGGAUGUCUGACAGAUAUGGCAGACGCCCCACAAUCCUGCUAAUGAUUCUUCUCCAAGUGCCUCUAUCAAUCGCCACUUCAUUCCCUGGAAAUUACUGGAUCUAUGUCGUGUUGAGAAUAUUCUGUGGAUUGUUCUUUCCAGCGUUAUACCAGUUACCAUUCAUACUUGCUCUAGAAUUAAUGCCGCCAGCACAAAGAACAAAUGCUGGAAUCGUUGUUGGCAUGCUGUUUGCAAGUGGUAUGUGCUUACUCGCUCUACUAGCGUAUGCACUUCGAGAUUGGUUCUACUUAUCACUAGCUACGAGCCUACCAUUUCUACUAUUAUUCGGAUACGUCUUUAUUCUGCCAGAAUCACCAAGAUGGUUGGUUGGAAGAGGGAGAAUCGCUGAUGCUGAGAAGGUCCUAAUAAGUAUUGCUAAGAGAAACGGCAUCACUCUGCCGCGAGGUUUCUUACUGGAGUUACACAAAACAAUAAAAGAAGAAGAUGACCUCGAACUAUCCAAUGGUCGAAUGCCGAAAAUCAGAAGGACAUCACUCCGAGAGGAAUACAUAGAAAGAAGAAUUAGCAAUAUGCCAUCAUUCAAACCAGAUUUUAAAAGAAUAGCCGAAAUUAAUGAAGAAUUAAACGAGAAUUCAUUAUUAAAUGCCAACGAUAGUAAAAAUGACGACGGAAGUGAAUCUCAAGCAUCAAAUAAUGAAAAAAGCAUAAUAUUACAAAUGAGUACCUUAAGACGAAAAUCUAUACAAAUAGUAAAUAGACUCAUAAGUAUUGAAGAUGAUGAUAUCGAGAAUAAAAUAAUGGACGAUCAAAAUUCCGAAGGGGAUUGUGAAGCUUCGCUUUUGGAUAUAUUCAGAUAUCCGAAUAUAAGGAAGAAAUUCUUUAUUCUUACCUUCAAUUGGGUAGCUGUUGGUGUAGCUUAUAAUAGCUUAAGUUAUAACACACCCAAUUUAGGUGUUGAUGACUAUUUAGCAUUUUUUAUUGGUGGUGCAGUAGAGCUACCCUCUUAUUUCAUAGCAUGGCGUUGUAUCGAAAGAUAUGGAAGACGAUGGGUAUUUUUUAGUUUCGCUACAAUUGGAGGAAUCGCUUGCGUUUGCUGCGGAUUAGUUCCUGAAGAUUUACCAUGGGUAACGGUAUCUCUUGCCAUGCUGGGUAGACUAUCUGCUGCGGCUUGCUUUGCUGUAUUCUACGUUCAAAUUGGGGAGCUUUUGCCUACUGUUUUGAGAGCUCAAGCAAUGGGUGCCUCGUCUUUCAUCGCUGGUGUUGGUCUACUGGCCUGCCCUUAUAUUGUAUACUUGGCAGUGAUCUUCAAGGCUUUACCAUUGCUCAUCAUUGGUGUACUAAGUAUAGCUGCUGGUUUCACAUCACUAUUUCUACCUGAGACCUUGAACCAGCCAUUACCUCAAACCCUGGGUGAUGGAGAGCUUUAUGGAAGAGACUUCAAGAUACUCAGCUGCGUACAAGAAGAGGAAUGAUGAUUCCGAAACUAAAUCAGUCCAAUUGUGUCAAUCAGAGUCGUUUAUUAAUAGUUAACAGUUACUUGAAUGAUUUAGUUAGUGCCACUGGUUCAGUUUGUACCUAAGUUUGCGGAGGCCAUUCUACUUAUGUUAUUUUAAGUAUUAAAAUUACUAAAUGCUACGCGGGUACACUGCGUUAAAUAGCGGUAGAGAUUCACUCUAUUGUUACAGUAUUUUUUUUUAAUUUUAUCAUGAAUGUAAAAAAAUUAUUA